AUGGGACAGAAGCAGACUACUCCUUUGUCCCUCACUCUGGACCACUGGUCAGAAGUGAGGACUCGUGCACAAAAUCGUUCCCUAGCCGUGAAAAGGGGCAAGUGGCAGACAUGCUGUGCUGCUGAGUGGCCAGCCUUUCAAGUUGGAUGGCCAAAGGGGGGGUCUUUUUAUAUUUCCUUAGUUCGCAGAGUGAGAGACAUCGUGUACCGACCGGGGCCGCAUGGACAUCCUGAUCAAGAACCCUACAUUCUCAUGUGGGAGGACCUCUGUACCAGUCCCCCUGACUGGGUGCGGCCAUUCCUCCCCCCCCCUAAACCUUCUUCUUUACAGCCGCUUUUGGAGCCUACGAUCCUACCCAUGAAGGAGAAAAGGGGAUCGGAGUCACAGCCUAAAGAGGAGCGAGCUGUGCCCCGCAUUUACCCUGACACUACGGACCUACUUCUCUUUGAACCCCCCCCUUACAACCCAUCUGCUCGCACCCCUUCUGCUCCAGCAGGGGAGGCGACUGCAGAACCCCGUUCCCCAUUAAAUCUCUCCUUAGCUUCCCAGCCUUCCCACGGGGCUGUGGAAGGAGCAGCUUCUCACGUGCUCCAGGGGGCAGGGGGAAGAGCAACUUGCUUGCCUCCAUCAUCCCCAGAGUCCUUGCCGGAUGAGAGCCAGCGAGCAGGGCCAGCUGCGGGAACCCGCAGCAGGCAAAAAGAUUCGACAUUUGGAGCUUUGCCAAUCAUGCCGCUGAGGCCAGUAGGGCCCAUGAUGGACGAUGGGAGGGGAGGGGAGAUGCCUGCCCUCCAGUAUUGGCCCUUCGCCACGUCUGACCUUUAUAACUGGAAGCUUAACCAUCCCUCUUUCUCUGAAGACCCCACUAGGUUAAUUAAUCUUUUAGAUUCUCUGAUGAACACCCACCAGCCUACUUGGGACGACUGCCAGCAGCUGCUUCGUACCCUGUUCACUACUGAAGAACAGGACCGCAUUUUGGCAGCAGCCCGGAAAAAUGUGAUAGGACUAGAUGGCUUGGUGACAACCAGACCUGAUGUUAUUGAUGACUCUUUCCCCUUGCGGAGACCGGAUUGGGACCCCAACACAUAUGAAGGUAGGGGGAAUCUGUCCACCUAUCGCCAGACUCUCAUGAGAGGUCUCCGGGAAGCGGCUAGAAAGCCCACAAACCUAGCCAAGGUAAAAGAGGUAAUACAGGGACCCGAUGAGCCUCCCGGGGUUUUCCUAGAAAGGCUGAUGGAAUCAUAUAGGAGGUACACUCCUUUCGAUCCAACCUCUGAAACUCAUCAGGCUUCAGUCAUUAUGGCUUUUGUAGGACAGUCAGCAGCAGAUAUUAGAAAGAAACUCCAGAGGCUGGAGGAUAUCCAGGGAAAGACUUUACAAGACCUAGUAAAGGAGGCUGAGAAAGUGUUCAGUAAGAGAGAAACAAAGGAAGAAAGAGAGGAGCGACUAGAAAAGGAAAGAAGAGAGAGGGAAGAACGGAAGGACAGAAGAAGGAAUAAGGAACUGGCAAGGGUCUUGGCAGUAGCAGUAGACAGAUCUAGCACAGGUCAGAAAGGUAGGGACCUGGGCCCACGAAGACGCCGACCCCUGGACAAGGACCAAUGCGCUCGCUGCCGCCAGAGGGGACACUGGGCUCGGGAAUGCACCCAACCCCCACGAUCCCCUCGUGGCACCCAACCCCCACGAUCCCCGCAACCUUCAAGGACCCUGGCCCUUGAAUCUGAAUAGGGGGGUCAGGGCUCCAACCCCCUCCGGGAGCUCAGGGCUAAAUUUAAGGUGGAGGGGACUCCCAUAGACUUUGAACUUGACACAGGGGCAGUAUACUCGGUCCUAAAGAAACCUUUGGGACCCCUCUCUAGUAAGCAAUCCUUAGUACAAGGAGCAAAUGGAAGUAGCUAUCGUUCCUGGACUACUUCCCGGACUAUGGACUUGGGGAAAGGAGAAAUCAAGCAUUCUUUCCUGGUCAUACCAAACUGCCCCUCACCUCUAAUGGGACGAGACUUGCUAACCAAACUCAGAGCCCAGAUAACCUUUGAAGAAACUGGUCCAGAAAUUGCUUUUCUUAAUCCCAGUGUUCAACCACUUACCACCUCCGUCCUGACCAUCAGGGCUGAGGAUGAAUAUAGACUGUUUACAGAUGACCCCUUGCCAGUUGAAAGCCAAGACACCGACUUUUGGUUAAGACUAGUUCCAGAAGCUUGGGCCGAAACUGCUGGACUGGGGUUGUCUACCUUACAGGCUCCAGUAGUGGUAGAGUUAAAAACUACUGCUGUCCCUGUGAGAGUUAGGCAGUACCCCAUGAGUCAGGAAGCGAAGAAAGGCAUAACUCCUCAUAUCCGGAAACUUCUCCAACAAGGGGUCUUAGUAAAAUGUCAGUCAGCCUGGAAUACUCCAUUACUCCCAGUUAAGAAGCCUGGAACUGGGGACUAUCGGCCAGUACAGGACCUAAGGGCAGUUAACAGUCAGGUGGAAGUCAUCCAUCCCACUGUGCCAAACCCAUACAAUCUCCUCAGCACCCUAAGUCCUGAAAGACCAGCACCCCCAGGUAACCCUGCUCCAGUAUGUGGACGAUAUUUUACUUGCAGGAAAAACUGA